AGGGAGCAGCCGCGGGUCUGGGAAGCGAGAGCUGACCUUGGCCAAGAACUCACAGUAGAGGUUGCUGAGAUGACUUCCUCAAAAGAAUAUGGAUCCAGUUCUUGGGAGCUCAUUGUCACAGUCGAUCAUCAGUAUGAAGAAGAGCAAAAGGAAUUUACACUUCGGGUCACGGGAGAUCUACAUAUUGGUGGAGUGAUGCUCAAAUUAGUAGAACAAAUCAAUUUAUCACGGGAUUGGUCAGACUACGCUCUUUGGUGGGAGCAGAAGAAGUGCUGGCUUCUGAAGACCCACUGGACGCUGGAUAAGUGUGGGGUGCAGGCAGAUGCCAAGCUGCUCUUUACCACGCAGCACAAGAUGCUGCGCCUCUGUUUGCCGAACAUGAAAACCGUGCGGCUGAAAGUCAGCUUCUCUUCGGUGGUGUUCAAGGCUGUCUGUGACAUCUGCAAAACCCUCAAUAUUAGACGGUCGGAAGAACUCUCUCUGUUGAAACAGUUGGAAGAUACUUUGAAAAAGAAAAAGAAAAAAGACAAGAAUAACAAAGAACCAGUCAUAGAAGACAUUUUAAAUCUGUACAACUCUCCAGUGAUUUCAGGAUCACCAGCAAGUCCUGGUUUAUUCAGUAAAACUAUGACUCCCAUUUAUGACCCUGUCAAUGGAACACCAGUCCCUUCUACUAUGACUUGGUUCAGUGACAGCCCUCUGACCGCACCAAAUUGCAGCAUCCUUGCGUUCAGCCAUCCCAACUGUUCUCCGGAAACGCUGGCCGAAAUGUAUCAGCCUCGGACCUUAGCUGACAAAGCCAAACUUAAUGCAGGCUGGCUGGAUUCAUCACGAUCGCUUAUGGAACAGAGCGUCCAGGAGGACGAUCAGCUUCUCUUACGCUUUAAGUACUACACUUUCUUUGAUCUGAAUCCAAAGUAUGAUGCGGUGCGAAUAAACCAGCUAUAUGAACAAGCCCGGUGGGCCAUCCUAUUAGAAGAAAUCGAUUGCACAGAGGAAGAAAUGUUGAUCUUUGCUGCAUUACAGUAUCACUUAAGCAAGUUAUCGUUGUCAUCAGAGGCACAAGAUUUCACACACGAAUCUGAAGUAGAUGAAGUGGAAGCUGCGCUUUCCAAUCUGGAAGUAACGCUGGAAGGUGGAAAAAUGGAUAACAUCUUGGAGGACAUUACAGACAUACCGAAACUUGCAGAUAAUCUCAGGCUAUUUAGGCCCAAGAAGCUAACACUAAAAGCCUUCAAGCAGUAUUGGUUUGUCUUUAAAGACACUUCAGUAUCUUAUUUUAAAAACAAGGAAGCUGGGCACGGAGAACCCAUUGAGAAGCUAAACCUAAAAGGAUGUGAAGUUGUCCCAGAUGUAAAUGUAGCCGGGAGAAAAUUUGGAAUCAAAUUACUAAUUCCUGUUGCUGAUGGCAUGAAUGAAGUGUAUUUGAGAUGCGAUAAUGAGAAUCAAUAUGCCUGCUGGAUGGCUGCUUGUAUCUUAGCUGCCAAAGGCAGAACAAUGGCAGACAGCUCUUACCAGCCUGAGGUGAAUAAAAUCCUUUCAUUCCUGAAGAUGAAGAACCGGACCAUGUCUCCACAGGCGGUCUCCGAUCCAGAGAGCAUGGACAUGAAACCGGAACGCUUUGUCUCACCACGAUAUGCCAAAAAAUACAAGUCCAAACAGUUGGCCACCCGCAUUCUGGAAGCCCACCAAAACGUAGCACAGAUGCCGCUAGUGGAAGCCAAGUUGCGCUUUAUCCAGGCGUGGCAGUCCCUCCCCGAGUUCGGUUUAACAUACUACAUUGUAAGGUUUAAAGGAAGCAAGAAAGAUGAUCUGCUGGGAAUUUCCUAUAACAGGCUGAUUAGGAUUGAUGCAGCCACUGGGGAUCCUAUCACAACAUGGAGAUUCUCCAGUAUGAAACAGUGGAAUGUGAACUGGGAAAUACGGCAGGUUGCAAUUGAGUUUGAUCAGAAUGUGUCCAUUGCUUUCACGUGCCUGAGUGCAGAUUGCAAGAUUGUCCAUGAAUUCAUUGGAGGUUACAUCUUCCUGUCAACUCGUUCCAAAGACCAAAAUGAAACACUGGAUGAAGAUCUGUUCCAUAAAUUAACUGGAGGACGGGAAUGAGGUGAAGCAACAUGUUUGUUUGCUGGCAAAAAGGACCAGACAAUAUAUAAGGUUUUUUCUCUUACACUGUUACUUCUGUUGACUGAUGAAAUAGCACAAGCAGUAUACUUAUCCUGUGGCAGAGGGAUGGAAUAAGGUGACUCUUGAUCAACAUUAGGGAAAUAAGACUUCUUUGGUUGUUUUUAUGCUAUGUGAAGAUUUCACCAAAGGUUCACUUUAUCUUGAUUGUUGACGGACAUUUCCUAUUCUUUCCUGUUUAACUUAGAUGAUCUAUUUUAGCAUCCUGAACAAGGAAUUUGAGGAUAUUGAGAUACACAUCCUGUUCUCUGUUACACUGGUGCAACUGCCAUUCCUCUCCUAUUUUCUAGAUUAUCUCAGAGUUAAUAGAGCUAAGGCUACAUAAAUAUACAUUUGAAAUCUAUAUUACUGGAACAAAAUACUACCUAUCAUGUACACAGUAUGGUCCUUUCAGUACUCCGUGAUCUGUCUUGCACAUGGAACUAUGAAGGCCCGAGUAUCAGUUAAGGACUCAGUCCUGCGAACACUUCUUGCCAUUGUUGGACUAUUCACAGGCAUGAAGUCACAUUGAAGUCAAAGGCACAACUCCUGUGCAUAAAGUUAAGCACAGGUAUUAAUCUUGGCACCUAAGCAUUAAUCUUUUGGGGAACAUUUUCAUUUUGAUGUUAAAAUAAUUGUUUUAAUUGCUAUUUCUCCAUUAUUAACACUUUUUACAAAGGCCUGUAAAUGUGCUUCCUUGGUAUUUUACACACAUAGCAUUAAAUUCAAGGCAAAAAUUAUUACAUGUCAUUCUCUAACUUGAAACCUGAAUUAUCUGUGGGAACAUUGAUACUAAAAUCUGCAAUGCUGAAUGCUUUGGACUUGGGUUUCAAGAUCUACUCUUCACAACAGCUGCAAAACAAAAUCCCUCUUCAUUGGACAAACAGGUCGAAUGGAGUUGUUAAUGGUGAGACUCUCAUUGACUUCAGUGGGCUUUGGCUCAGGCCUGUAAUCCUCAACUGUCAGCAAAGUGCUCGAUUACUGGACAGGGUAAUCCAGGUACAGUCAUAAAAUGCUGCCAAGUUAAAUGGCAUGGAACUAUGACACCCAGUACAUCAGUUACUUCCACACCCCCAAGAUUUCAUGCAUCCUGAGAUGUUGAAUUUGUUGCUACAGAAUCACUGCUAGGUGGUGUUUGUUUGGGCUGUCGUUGGGCCUGAUUCUUCUCUCACUAGGUCUGGUUUAACUCCAGUCUCUCUCAGCUGGCUGCAGUGGAGUUAUUCCUGAUGCAUACCGGUGUAUGCACAUGAGGGGUCAAGUGGAUUGAAACAGGAGGGGGAGCUGUAGAGGAGCACUACAAACCAAAGCCAGGGACAGGAAGAGGAGUGUUUCCUCCUCUUUUAGCAGUGCUGCUCCCCUUUCUUUAGCCCUCUAUGGGAAGAGUCAGACCCAGUGGUGUUCUGUUAGUGAAAUUCACUCAUGGUGCAGAGGGACCAUACAAGGCCUUCUAUGCUACUUAAUGCCUGCACGAGAGCUGCUAACAGAAUUAGGUAGUUCUUUUCAUCAGUUGAUCUCAAAGCACUUUACAAAG